AAGCAUGUAUUAAGCUAUGCUUGAAGAAGACAAGAAUCUAUCCAAGGCGGAGAAUGUCAUCUUUUGGUGAUCCUCAAAACCAGGAGGACAACAUACCAGCAAUAAUAUAUGGAACCUUAGGAGGGAUAUCGGGGUUUAUUGAUAAUUGUUGCUAUGAUUAAAUGUCUAUAUGGCCUAUCCAAGGAAAAGGAUAAAAACAAAGAAACAGAGAAAGCAAAGGAGUUGGCUAGGAUGUUAGCAGAGCACACUACUUAUCACCAGAACCAACCGGUGCCACGACUUGAAUCCGCGGUGGAAGAGGAAGCAAAUUUAGACAAACAGACGAUAGAAAGACUCAUUGAGCUGGUGCUCAAUGAAAAACCAGCCAGGUUUUCAGCUCAGUUGCUCCAAAUUUUCACAUCAAAUUAUUCUACCAAACUAGGCCAAGGUGGGUAUGGAGAAGUUUUCAAAGGACAUUUUCCGGAUGGGCGUCCCAUAGCUGUUAAACUACUCCACAGCCACGGCAUAGACAAAAGGAUUGAGGAGCAGUUCAUGGCGGAGGUCAACACCAUAGGAAGAACAUACCAUCGGAAUCUGUUAAGACUUUAUGGCUUCUGCUUUGAACAAAAGACAAAAGCUUUAGUUUAUGAAUACAUGGAAAAUGGAUCUCUCGACAAACUGUUAUUCGAGAAUAAACAUGAAAUUGAGUGGGACAAGUUAUAUGAGAUAGCAGUUGGAGCUGCAAGAGGGCUUGAGUAUUUACAUCAUUUCAGCCCUAAGAAAAUUAUCCAUUAUGACAUUAAACCUGCAAACGUUUUACUUGAUUUCAACUUUUGCCCAAAGAUUGCUGAUUUCGGACUCGCAAAGUUGCGCAAUCGAGAUAGCACUAAUAUAACUAUGUCGAGAGUAGGAGGGACUCCAGGAUACGCUGCUCCGGAGAUUUGGAUGCCAUUUCCAGUGAGCUAUAAAUGCGAUGUGUAUAGUUUCGGGGUGAUGUUGUUCGAGAUUAUUGGAAGGAGGAGGAACUUUGUAGGUGAGAGUCAAGAUUGGUUUCCGAAACAAGUAUGGGAGAAAUUUGACAAGGGAGAACUGGAGGAGAUUUUGGAGAAUUGGGAAAUUGAACAAAAGGAUAUGGAAAAGGCCAAGACAAUGGUAAGUGUGGCUCUAUGGUGCGUCCAAUACUCUCCAGAGGCUAGGCCUCCCAUGAGGAACGUUGUAAAGAUUUUAGAAGGUGGUGCUGAAGCAGCUACGCCUCCCAACCCAUUUCAGCACCUGAUUUCAUCAGCUAAUGUACAUUCAAUCACCUGUAGCAGCUCGAAUUCAACAGCAGAUUAUGACGCAGAUGACACCACAAUCAUGAGAAAAAAAUUAGAUUCACUAUGCGUCGUCUUCCCCUACCGCAUUUAGGAAUUAAAAUCUGAGGGGAUUGGUUUUCUUCUUCCUGAGGAUUGGCAGAAUCA